AUGGCAGCUGAGAGAGUUGUAGAGAUUAAGAACAAGCAGGUGUUAUUUAAAGAUUACGUGAGAGAUUCCCUAGAAUCAGAUAUGUGUAUAACUACAGAGAAAACAAUAAGUUUGAGAGUCCCAGAAGGAACAAAGGGAGUUGUUGUUAAGAAUCUCUGCUUGUCUUGUGAUCCUUACAUGCGUAACCGCAUGAAUAAAUCUGAGAUUGAUGGCUUCUUCAGUUCUUACUCCCCUGGUUCUGGUCGGGGGAAGGCCGCACUCCAAGGAGGUGUGAUGUAUGCAGUCUACCUUGAUGCAAGCCCAAUUACAGGAUUUGGAGUAGCUAAAGUGAUUGACUCAAGGGAUACAAACUUGAAGAAGGGUGACCUAGUAUGGGGAACAACUGGCUGGGAAGAAUACACUUUCAUAGAACCUACUAAUGCUCUUUUCAAAAUUGAACAUACUGAUAUACCUCUUUCCUACUAUACAGGAAUAUUGGGGAUGACUGGUUUAACGGCAUAUGCUGGAUUUCAUGAAGUUGCUAAAGCAAAGAAAGGAGAGAAAGUAUUUGUAUCGGCGGCAUCGGGGUCAGUUGGGCAGCUUGUUGGUCAAUUUGCUAAAUUGAUGGGUUGCUAUGUUGUUGCGUGUGCUGGGAGUAUUGAAAAAGUUGAUCUAUUAAAGCACAAGUUUGGAUAUGAUAAUGCUUUCAAUUACAAAGAAGAGCAUGAUCUAGAUGCUGCAUUGAAGCGAUACUUUCCUGAAGGGAUUGAUAUCUACUUUGAAAAUAUUGGGGGAAAGAUGUUGGAUGUUGUGCUUCUAAAUAUGAGAAAUUUUGGUCGGAUUGCUGUGUGUGGAAUGAUCUCCCAAUACAAUCAAGAAAAUCAUGAAGGGAUUAAAAAUUUGAUGGAAAUUAUCUAUAAGCGCGUCCGAGUUGAAGGAUUCCUUUACUUUGACUACUUACUUCAAUACUCAAAGUUUUUAGAAACUGUAUUACCUCUUAUUAGAGAAGGGAAAAUGGAUUACAUUGAAGACUUAGCUGAAGGUCUCGACAAUGGCCCUGCUGCACUUGUGGGGAUAUUUAGUGGCCACAACAUUGGAAAACAAGUGAUUAAAGUUGCUCACGAGUGAUCUUCCUCAUUGUUUAUUUAAUUUGCAUUUCUCUAUGCCUCCAAUGAGUUAGUUUUGGCUUUGUU